AAAACUCCCCUCUGCAGCGGCAUCCCCAAACCCUAAAUUCCCUUGUCCCUCAAUUUAUCAUUCCAAUAGCAAAGACCCUAUCAAUCAUCUCGUAUCAUGGCGGCCGCUGUGCUCACCUCGGUUCAAGAUGUUCAGGACCAUGCCUUGACGAUGGCUUCAGGCGAAGAUAAGCUCCUGGGCAAGAUAUCAGAGAUCGAGAAAUCUCUAGCCGCGCUAUCCACGCAGCACAUCCAACUGGUCGAUUUGAAGAAAUCAAUAUGGGAGGAGCUUCACCUACUACGAGCCAGUAGGGCCCGCGCUCACAAGCAUGGGGCCGUUCAUCCUUACCCAAGUUUGCCCAUGUUUGAGCAUGCAUCAAUGACGGUAAAUCGGGGGGAACAUAGAUCUGUGUUUUUAGUGAUGACUUGCAAUGGGGAAAACACAGGUGCCCUGUAUGAAGUUAAAUUCAAAUACGGGGGAGAAGUUGGUGAUAUGGGCGGAGGAGCAACACUUGAACCUGUAGACAAGUUCAGCCGUUUUAAAACAGAGAUUUGGAAUAAAGUGGAAGUUGACACUCAUGAUUAUACUCCUUUCCGAGGGAGGGCCGUGGUUGUAGGCAAGACCAUCUACGCCAUGAAUCUGUUUGAGGUGGAUGAGAUUAUAGCAUUCUCCUUGAAGAUGAACAAACACGACGACGGUAGUAUUGCAUACUCACUAAUCAAGCUGUGUAAAUUGGAUGGCUUGAAGAUUGCAUCUCCGCCAUGUCCAUUUGAGGUGCUUAAGAAUGACUAUUUUGUGCAUUUGGGGAACCAUGACUUCUUUCAUGUUACGACGGGCAAUAAUUUUGAAUUUUACAAGGUUCAACAUCUUUGCAUCACCACGUUUCAAAUAUUUGUUCGAGAAGACGGAAGACAUAUGAUCGAGACCUUACAUUCAACAGUUCUUACAAUGGAUAUCGAGGCUUGUGGUCCGUUGAUGGUCACGUUUGGCUUCACACCAGAGUGUGAGGAUUAUGAACCCAUAGAAGGGGAGGGUGCAGCUAGCAUGGAGCAUCCAAAACAAGAAGACGAAACCACUAUGGAUGUGAAUUCUUUGAUGUGGGAGAGAAACCAAGGAGGAAAUAGCGCACAUGCAGCAUGAAAAGUCCUGAGGCAGCUUGAAAAAGCCAACCAGAAAAAACCUGACUGCAAACGGAAAAAGAAGAUGAAUAAAAAAAUAAGAAGCGGAUGGAAGGAGGGACAUGUAGUAGAAAACAACAUGUAAUGUAAGUAGUUGAGGAGCAGGGAAUCCGUCUUUGAUAAGAUAUUAUUGAGGUCUUUUACUGCCAUCUAGCCCCUUGGUGUUACAGGGUUAAAAUAUGUUAUUGAUUGUUAUCUUUAUCUGAUAGUUGAUAUGAUACAUUUGAUUUGAUCUCUCC